AAAACUGCACCGACUAUAAACCAGUGGUGGGUGUUUAUGAAAUCAGUGUAUGGUGUCUAUAUGCGAUAAGACAAACCCCUACCGAGCCCCCCAAACAAAUGCUUUCUCCCCGUCGUUGUCGAGAAAAAUAUGAUACGCUUGUUGAUAUAAUAGAACGCAGCAAUUCACUACUCACUGUGCCAACUCUCGCUCUCAUUGGGAGCUUUAGAUGCACCUCCAAGUUACAGCUUUAGCAAUAUCUAUCGUGAUCAAUUUGACUUCAGUGAAAAAUUUUUUAGUUGUGUUUUUAGAUAUUUACGGAAAUGGGGGUAGAGAGUGUUGAAGAAAAACUUGAAGAGCAGGAGCCUAUGGCACCAACAGCUUCCAUGGAAACGGUGUCUGUCGUCCGAAAAAUAAAGGUGGUUUCCACUCUGUUGUUGGUGGGUAGUCUACUAUGUAAUAUUUUGUCCAUUGCUACCACUUCGUGGAUGAAGUCAAAUGGCCGACAGGAGGGGCUGUGGGCUAAUUGUGUCUCCCCGACCGGGGAUAUUUACAAGUACGAGUGUACGGGGAACGAACCCAGAGGUUGGUUAGACGCCUGCCGGAUUCUGGUCUGUAUCGCCUUCGUCAUGACCUUCAUUGGUCUUGCCAUGACCACAUAUGGAAUACAGAGUAUUAACUUUGGAAUGAAGUAUAAAUACUACAACAUCGCCAUUGUUCUGCUAAUUUUAGCCGUGAUCCCUGAAUUAAUUGCAGUGAUUAUAUUUCCUGUAAAAUUCAAAGAGGAACUGAACGGAGCUGGAUGGGUGGUCGGUUGGUCUUAUGUAAUGGCUGUCUUGUCUGCCAUUUUGGUCCUCAUAGCUGCCAUAUUUCUUUGUGUUGAUCGAGGUGCAGACGAGGCCUUGAUUCGUGAAAAGACCUGUUAUUAUAACGAGGAAUCUAUAGAAGAAACCUUGGAGUGAUCUGUCCUAUUGUGAUUCUAAUAAAAGGAUUACAGGUGUCCACUCAGACGGAUCAAAGUGUUCCGGGAGCCUGAACCGUGUGUUCGAAUGAUAUUCCCGAUAAGGUUGAUUUCUCCCUUCCCCUCCUUGAGAUGACGUCACCGUCGCCAUCCGACUUCGGGAUUUAUUCAGAUUAAAGGAUGAUAUGUAUACCCAAACACCCUUACUUUAGUCAUGGGCAGAUUCCAUGCUUUCAUCAGCGUUCUCUGACAUUAUGCCGUUUCCACACUUUAUCAUCUUUAUGACAAUUAGUGGGAGAUUUAUACACAUGUGCCAUUACAACAAGAAAUACAAUUUAUUUUGAAUUGUAUUCACUGGCGGUCGGGGGUUGUUGGGGGUGCGAUGGAUUCUGCUGACUGAGGAACUGCGCGUGUGAGGAUUUAUAAAGAUCGAUCUCAGGACGUCUACUAGCUCACCAGUACUACUAUUUGGUUUAUUUUGAUCGAUAACUAUAUUUUUAUUGUGUUGAAUAAUAAAAAAAAUGUGUACGAAAAA